AUGGCCUUCUUCAAGAGCAUUUGGAAAAACAGCUCCAAGCACAAGAAAUUGUGUGAAGAGCUCGCACUGGCGAACAGUAUUCGUGACUUUUCGGAAAACCACGAAGAACCCGAGGAAGGUUCGAAUGAAGCCAUCAGCUACAGUGUCAAAUACUUGGGCAACACUGCUGUGCCGACGCCACGGUCCGAAAACGCGACGGCGGAAGCGGUGAAGAGCAUCAUAACAGCAGCCAAAGGCAAUAAGAAAUUGCAACGUGUCUCACUAUCAAUCUCACCGAAAGGCAUCGAAAUGAUCGACACCGGUACUGGGGAAACGUUGCUCCAGGUUUCGAUCUAUCAAAUCUCGUACUGUUCGGCCGACGCCAACCAUGACCACGUGUUCGCGUUCGUCGGCUGCACGCUCGGUUCGGAGGCCGAGGUGAAGGAGAUGUGCUUCCGGCGUACGGCGGAAGAGAUUAAUCUCGAGGGACCGCUCGUGUGCCAUGCCUUCCUGUGCCAGAAGCGAAAAAUGGCCCAAACCGUCACGCUAACCGUGGCACGCAGCUUCGAGCGUGCGUUCCAGAUCUGGCAAAGCAAGCAGUUCCAUGCGGAACGCCGACGUAAGGAUCUGGAGGAGCGCAUGGAGCGCGAAUUGAGUGGCAGUCAGGAAUUGGCGCGUAAAAAUGCAUCGAACGCAGCCGAGCGCGAGCAGCGCGAUGAAAGCGAAUGUCGCAGUUUGCUGAUCGACUUUAACUCCGAUUUGACGGAAAUAUGUGCCGAUACGCAACAUCAUCGGGAACUUUUGCAGAACACUUGGGUAUCAUUUGAAGAUGAUCAAAAGCCACAAGAGUUUCUCGCGGUGCCAACAUUAACGUCCAACUCCGGCUGGAGCGGGAUGGCCAUCUGUUCGAACUGA